AUGCUGCAUCAAUUCGUCGUACACUCUUCGAAGACUACACUCAUCGAAACCGAUCUCCGCAGGAUGCCUCGAACGACGAAGCCCACGCAAAGCCGCCUGCGCAACCGUCACCUAAUAUCUGCACGGAAACCACCAUCACCUUCGAGAUUGCCAAAGACAAACCCAACAACACCUCGAACCAGAGAUCGAACCCGCCAUACGAGGAAGCCCAAUCCACACCGCCUGCUAGCACCUGAACCAAGUCCACCGAAGUCAUUGCCUACCUCUAUUGAAACCAUCGAAACCUACUACGGACUUGUUCGCAGAUGGGGGGACACCAAUCUAUCCUCGACAGACUUAAUGCAGCCUUUACAAGACCCCAACCUACUUUUCGACCCUCCUCCGAAGGACAGUUACCCAGUCAAUUGUCCCACUAUUCUACCAAAAUCCUCGUUUGACUCAACCAUACUCGAUGUGGACCUAGCCAUAUUUGACAUGGAUCCAAACAACUCGAUGGCGCAUAUUAACCCAACCGUACUCGACAUGGAUCCAAACAACUUGAUGGCGCACAUUAGCCCAACUAUAUUUGAUAUGGAUCCAAACAACUAG